AGACCAGUCAGAGGUGCAGCAGAAAAUGGAUGAGCCUCCACAAGAGGCUCCAAAUGGAUCCUUGAACUAUGAAGACACAGUCCAACCCUCAAAUAACCAGAAAACCUACAUAGAAGGAGUAUCAGGCCAGGCUCCUCACAAAGGUUCUGAACACACUGGAGCUGGAUUAUCCGAGCAAACCAGUGACAAGGCAUCCAACCAAGCUGCUAAUGAAGGGUCUGAACAGACUGACCAAAGAACUUCUGAAGAUGCUUCUCAGCUGUCUGAGCACAGGAGGACAUCUCAGCAGGUUGACCGCAGAUCAUCUGGCUAUACCGAGAGAAAAACUUCAGAGCCACCUAAUCAGCAAUUGCCCAACCUACUUGAGGGAAAAGCCUCUGAGAAGAUAGAUGACCGAGUGUCUUUGCUAUCUGGUGAAGCUUUCGAGCAGACUGAAGGAACUUCAGAGCAUGGUGGCCAGACCCCAUCAGACCAAGCUGACUAUACAACAUCAGGAAGGAGUCAACACCAAGUCUACGAUGAAGCUGAUUUCCUGCCUGAAGACUACCUUGGGUUUAGUGAGGAUGAGGAAAGGAACUAUGCCCGUUUGGUCCACGAAGCAGAAAAACAGACUGACUACCGCUCAUACUACAAAACACUUGCCCAGGCUGAGAACCGAUCAUUAUCUGAAACUGGUGACGACAAAGAGGUUAAAGAAGCUGACUUAAAAAUACAGCCUUGCACAUUUGAAGAUAGCCAAGAAGAGCUCAGAUCCAAGGUCUCAACUGCUGGGGAAACAGAAAGUGCAGCCACUAUCCAAGCUUACAACCCACCUGAUACUGAAUUCAUCAGUGAUUCCCAGUCCUCGUAUGAAAAACUGCCCUCCAUCACAACCAAAGUGUACUAUUCCUCCAGCCAAGAAAAAUACCAAACCACAGAAGUAACUACUGAUAUUGUUACAGAAUUUGAACAAAGAAAGAGUUCUCAGAGAUACAGUCAAACUUACGGGAGACGGUUUCCUCCCAUCGUUUAUGAAGACCCUUAUCAAGUUGCACUCCGCUACAUGGAAAAGCACAACAUUCUUCAGAUAUUCCAGCAGAUCACUGAGAACCUCGUCUACGAAAAGCCGGAUGAUCCCCUGAGUUUCAUGCUAGGCCAGGUACAGGACAUGAUCAGAUACAGAGAGGAGCGGCGGGGCAUCUGAAGAUGAACCUCUCAACAGUGUUGUGUCCUGUCUUCCAUGUCAGCGCUGUGCUCCGCUCUCAUUCGAAAAAUGUUUUCAGUAGGCACUGGUGGUGGCUCUGCCUAAGUGCGUUCUCGAUUUUUAGGUCAGAAUAUAUAGGGUACCUUUGUAAAUUUCACACAACUACUAUCACAGAUCUCUCUGGAUAAUCACACAAAAUAUACCCGUUAUGGCUACCUGUGCAUUGACAGUUCAGUACACGCUCCCACAAAGCCUGAACUAGAAUAAGGUCAGACCUCAAAAGGGACUAUUCUCAGCCUUGAUGGGCAGUGGUGAUACAUGCCUUUAAUCCCAGCACUUGGGAGGGCAGAGGCAGGAGGAUCUCUGUGAGUUUGAGGCCAGCCUGGUCAACAAAGAUACACAGAGAAACUCUGUCUGGGAGGGACACCUAUUCUCAGCCUCUUAGGGAACAUGAGAACCUCAUGUGGCUCUAAGCUUCUCACAAAAUUCCAAUCAGAAAAUGUGUGGGAAACAUUUUUAUUAUUUUAACAAAUCAUUAGCGUUAGGGAUGUUUCAUAUUAACAGUGACAUAAUAUGAGUACCAUUUUCUUUCUCAUCACUGCUGGCUUCAUUCUGCCAUUGGUGAAAGAGAUUUAAGCUUCUCCCGGCUUUUAGCCUUCAGGAAAGCCCAGCAUGUCUAUGCAUAUCUAUGCAGGUGAGGCAAAAAAAAAGUGUCACUUCCUCAUCACCUUUAUCCCCUAAAGAAAUCUUUAUCAUGUGGAAUGUGCAACCAGUCCGGCUGGGGUUUAGCAGCGAAGUGCUUUAACUCAGUCUAUCUGGUAUGAGAGCAUCUUGUCAGAAAUCAUACUUGAGAUGAUUGAUUGAUUCUUCUUUUGUAUGUCAAACAUCUUAAAACUUUCCUAUGUGAACACUGAGGCAGAUUUGACUCUUUCUCUUGUUAGCUAAUGAUGUGGUAAGACAAUGUAGCUGUAUUGCUAUGAAUUAUGCUUGUUUGACAUUCACACACAAACUCUGCUGUCCUGCCUCUGACACUUAUUUCUCAUAAUUACACCCCAAACAUUCCUGUAUGGUCUCAAGAUUAUUUAGCUUUUCCUUUAGGUUGUUCAUUAAAUGUGCGUGUGUUCAAA